GUGCGCACGUCCUCCUCCUUCACGCGCCGCCGCUAGCCUAGCACUCUCACUGGAACCUCUGGCCCGCACGUUCCCUUUGCCCUCCGGCUGCGGAGCGGGCGGGAUCCUGCACCGCUGUCGCUGCAGCCCGGGCGGGCGGGGCGGCGGCAGCGGCACGCGAGCCCCGAGGAGGGCCGUACCACCGUUCGCCAGCACGCGGGGGGAGCCGCUCGCCCCGCCGCAAACGCCUCGGCGACCCCGCGGGGCUGAGGCGUCGCCGCGCCCGGGAGCUUGAGCGCUGAGCCGGCCUCGACCCCGAGCUCGGAGCCCCGCGGGCAGCGCCCGCCGCCGGCCCCACCCAUCCGGGCCGAGGAGGCCGCGACCAUGGCUGAGAUGGAGGAGCGGAGCCUGGACAACUUCUUCGCCAAGAGAGACAAGAAGAAGAAGAAGGAGCGGAGCAACCGGGCGGCGAGCGCCGCGGGCUCGGCGGGCGGCGCCGGCGGGAGCAGCGGAGCCGCGGGCGCGGCGGGCGGUGGGGCGGGCGCGGGGACCCGGCCGGGCGACAGCGGGACCGCGGGCGCGGGGGCCACGGGCCCUGGGGCCGCCACCAAGGUUGUGACAAAGGAUGAAGAUGAGUGGAAAGAAUUUGAGCAAAAAGAGGUUGAUUACAGCGGCCUAAGAGUUCAAGCAAUGCAAAUAAGUGAAAAGGAAGAAGAUGAAAAUGAAAAAAGAGAAGAUCCAGGUGAUAACUGGGAAGAAGGUGGAGGAGGUGGUGGUGGUGUAGAAAAAUCUUCAGGUCCCUGGAAUAAAACAGCUCCGGUACAAGCACCUCCUGCUCCAGUAGUUGUUACAGAAACCCCAGAACCGACAAUGACUAGUGGCGUGUAUAGGCCUCCUGGGGCCAGGUUGACCACAACAAGGAAAGCACCCCAAGGACCACCAGAAAUCUACAGUGAUACACAGUUCCCAUCCCUGCAGUCCACUGCCAAGCAUGUAGAGAGCCGGAAAUACUGAGCCUUCGUAAGGGUUGACUACCUCAGAUUUGCUGCACUCAUUGUGGACUUCAUGUGGAUCACAACUUCUGGAUAAGAAGGUUACAGCUUUUAAGUGUCGAUGUGAAACUUGAAACCAGCUCUACUGGAUUCCUAUCAGAAAUUCUGCAGAAAGUCAGCCAUCUGGGUUCUGAUCUGCUGUAAAAGAUGAAGAUUUAAGUGACCUUAAUUAACCUGUCCAGUGCCCCAUUCAUAAGGAACACUCUGUAGUGGGUAUUAGACUUCCUGGAACAUGCCACUCUCAAAAGAACUGAUGUGUUCAGAUAAUCUGUGUAGGGCUGUGAUUUAUAAUUUAAACUUUGAGUUGUAUUCUGAGGUAACCACAAAUUAAAUUCAACCAAACUCGGGUCACCAAGUGGGAAAAGGGGUGGGGGGGAAUAAUCUUAUUUUUUUAGUAAUUUUUUAUUUGGGUAGUGCUUUUUCUGUGUUCCAUAUUAAGGCUUUUUUUUUCUUUCUUUCUUUUCUUUCUUUUUUUUGCUUUGACUUGGAAUAGUUCUUUGACAGAGCAUAUUGCUUGGCUAAGUAACCUGAAAUAUGCAUUGGAAUUGUGAAACGUCUCAUGAAUUUGUCAAUCCCUAGAGCAGAACCAGAUGGCCUUUGAUGUAAAGGGCAGUAGAUGCAGGGGGCUCUACUUCAGGUGCUGCUAAAGCUUCCUCUAAUCAGGUCUAAGUUGUAUAGUAAACUGGUGGAAAGAGUGUAUUUUCUGCUCAGGCCAAGGGAGUCACAGAUGUGUCCUUAUAAAUUCAAAGCAGUGAGAGCAGAACCUCAACCUAAAACCCACUGAAGUUUCAUGGAUCUUGCAUGAUCUCUGACAAGAAUUCCAGAUGCACUUGUGCCCAAACGUUUAAGGUAUUAGACGCAGUGAUUGUCCCAGCCUAGCUCUGUCAUCAACCUCCUGGUGUGUCUUUUUACGUUGUUCAUUUGGAGAGUCAGGGGCGAAAGACAGGUGAUGUAGCACUUCUGUUUUUAAUGAUUACAGCUUAAACUAUCCAGUAAUUUUUAGUCCUGGAAAAGGACAUCAGGACGCUACCCAGGAUUACUGAAAAGUCUUUCCAUCUAAUGAGAUAGUCUGGUAAUUUACUAGUUUUGUAUCUUCGGUUCAAUAGAAAUAUUUCAAAGUGGCUUGUGACCACUUGAUGCAGAGUCUGGGUUUCUCUAUAAUAAAAUCCCUUUGCCAAAUGUAGGAGUUGCAGACUUGCUACUGGCAAGAGUGAAGCAAAUGGGUGAGUAAAACUCCUGAUGUGGGAGCAUUUUCCUCUAGGAGUUCAGUCUUGAUAAGUGUCAGUGCAGGAAUCGCACUCCUAGGAGUGUUACAGAGUCAUCUGCUGUCAGAUGCAAACCAUAUCUGGGCAAUAAUGGCAUUAUUUGAAGUGGCAGGCAGGAUGCCUACGUUCUGGUGUACUUGGGUGAGUAGCUGAGCCAGCCAAGGAGAGGUUGGAUGAGUGAGAAACAAAGGAUUCUUGGUUAAUCUGAAGACUUCAUUUGAGAACCAAAAAUCUUUUAACAAAUAACCUCUUGGACCUUGAGCCACAUAUUUCCCCUAAAAAGUAUGCAUUUUUUUCCAGCAAAACUUUGUUGGGGGUUAUGUUAUUGAGGAAUGGGAUGAAUAUGUGGAAAUGUUACUUAAUGGCAUAGAAAUCUGAAGACCUGCAGGAGAUUUAAAAAUUCCAACCCUUGUUAUAACUUUUUAAAAGAUUGUGAAAUUAUCAAAAUGCACAUGAAUCAAGUUUUAAUAUGCUGUAUGAUGGGUGGAUGAGGCUGUCCAUUGUACCAUUUCUUUCUUUGAAUUCUCAGGCAUGGUUUGGCAGUGCAAAAACUCUGUAACAUUAACAAAUUCAAUAAAAAGUAAAUAUGUA